AUGGACAACGCUACGGACACAGACUACCCACCGAAUUCGGCUGAUGAGAGCGCGAGCAAGUCUGAACAGAAUGGCUCUGAGGCCGAUACGCCCGAAGAGGAUACCAGCGAAACUUACACACCCCUUGAGUUCCAGAUACCUGAAGAUGUUCUGCGUGCUGCAAUGACUGCCCCUGAAAAUACUAAAGCAAGCUUCUGGAGCAGUAACCUAUAUCGCGGACCAGGGGACAAGCAAAUAUUUGUGCAUUACUGCAAGACUAAAGAGGUGGCCGAGAGAGUUGCUCAACACUUUAUCAAUGAGAAGGUUGUCGGAUUCGACAUCGAGUGGAAGCCGUACUCGCACCCUUUCUCAAUUAAGAAGAACGUGUCUCUGAUUCAACUUGCUUGCGAGGGCCGAAUUGCGCUUUUCCAUGUCGCACUAUUUUCAGGAUCAACUGCAGCGCAACUCAUGCCAUCAACCUUGAAGACCAUUCUCGAGUCGCCAGAGGUGUGCAAAGUCGGCGUCGCUGUCAAAGGAGACUUUAGUCGCCUCGUCAAAUAUCUUGGGGUCAAACCUCAAGGCAUCUUUGAGCUAAGUCGACUGCAUAACCUAGUUCAAUAUUCUGCGACAGACCCAAGCAAGGUCACCAACAAGCUCGUAGGCUUAGCUGCGCAGGUACAACAACACCUGCAGUUGCCGCUGUACAAAGGUGGCCACCUUGUCGACGACCCAGAAGACUUGUCCAACGUCCGCUCCAGCGACUGGAGUUUGCCAUUGAAUCAUCAGCAAAUCCAUUAUGCUGCAGCGGACGCAUACGCUGGAUUCCGUCUAUACGAUGUUCUCGAAGAAAAGAGGAAGCAUCUGAAGCCCACCCCACCUCGACCUUUGGUAUGUGAUUAUGACUCAAAACCUAAACCGAGGUCGAGCGACAGCAAGCCUCGUAAGAAGCGUACGACCGUUACGAAGACCGGUGGAGCUGCAGGUGCCAUUGUAGAGGAGACUAAUGCGCCGGCGGAACAAGAGAAGGGGCCGGAAGAAGAUGUGGAAGAGGAUCCAAAGCAGUCGCAAGAUACAGAAGGUUACGAAACCGCCCAGGAAGAUCUUUUGGACAGUCAUCAGCUCGAAGGUGAGGAGCCGGAAUCCUCAGAAGAGAGCUAUGAGUCGACAGACGAGAGCAACAAUGACCCAACUCAGAGACGUGUUGGUCGUAUCAAUCUGAGCCGCCUCAGAGGACUGGAUCUCGGUUAUCCGACGCUUCCAAAGCUUCGCGGUGGUGAAGAAUCCGACUUGUCGUCAGACGAGGAUCUCGUCGAUAUUUCAGAAAGAUUCAAGAAAGAAAUGCUCGACCAGAAUGAUGGCCCGACAGAGCAAUCAGAAGAAGACGAGGAGACUGACGAGUUCGAAGACUCAGAACUCGAAGAGGCGUUACAGGGCCUGAGGAUCGACAGCGAUGGAAAGCUGCAAGAAGCCACAAACGACGCUGCCACGGGAAGAGAGAUCAAGGAUAACAAGCCAGGUGAAGCAGCACCACCAGCCACUACCGCAGACGGCUCAACCUCCUCCGAAGAGCAGCGCCUCAUUGACCUGCUCAACGAUCCAGCUCAACCCACAGCCUCCUCACCCACAACCCCACAACCCCCCGACGAACCUAUUACCGAACAACCCCAACAACCCUCCCACACCCCCGAAUACGACCUAGCAACAUCCUGGGCCCUCACAUACCUCUCCUCCACUAUCCCGUCCCCCAACUCGCACACACCCUCACACAUCCGGGCCACGAUCCCGCACCUGCGCGCCUACAACAUGUGGCACCACCAGUCACUCUCUUUGAGCGAGAUAGCGCGGCACUUGCGCAAGCCGCCGCUGUCGGAGAGCACGGUGGGGAGCUAUGUGCUGCAGGCGAUUGUGCUAGAGAGGAUGGAGUAUGAUCGGGAGGCGGUGAGGGGUGUGUUGAUGGGGAUGCCGGAAGCCUUGAGGAGGGGGAAGUGGAGGGGCUUGGCGGAGAAGGUUGGUGCUAGGUGA